AUGGCCUCAAUGACCAACAUUUUAAAGAACAUGAGUAUGGGAGGAGAUGUACAGCCAGCUGCUGCCAUUCAAAGUGCAGAAGUAUCAUGUGUGUAUUGUGGGGACGGGCAUACUUUUGAGAAUUGCCCUUCAAAUCCAGCUUCGGUCUUCUAUAUGGGUAAUCAAAACUCCAACCGCAACAACAACCCAUAUUCUAACACUUACAAUCCAGCUUGGAGGCAUCAUCCAAAUCUGUCAUGGGGGGUUCAAGGAGCAAGUUCAAGUGGAGCACCAACACACGAAAAACAGUCAUAUCCACCGGGAUUUUCUCAACAACCAAGACCUCAACAACCACACCAACCUCAAGGCUCUCAAACAAGUUCUUUGGAGAAUUUAAUGAGAGAUUAUAUGGCCAAGAAUGACGCUGUAAUUCAAAGCCAGGCAGCUUCUCUUCGGAAUUUGGAAAUUCAAUUGGGGCAUUUAGCUAAUGACUUGAAAAAUCGACCUCAAGGUUCCUUGCCUAGUGACACCGAAAAUCCAAGGAGGGAUGGCAAAGAGCAGUGCAAAGUGGUGACUUUGAGGAGUGGGAAAAAUCUGGAGUUAAAUGAGGAGAAAGAUAAACGAAAAAACGAGCCCACUUCAAUCCAAACAGAAGGAGAAUCUAGUAAAAAACCAGCAAGUGAAGCUACUGAAACUUGCCCAGUUGAUACAGCAUCGGGUCAGCAAUCUGUUCCAGUAAAGUCUAUACCAAAACUGCCCCCACCAUUUCCUCAGCGGUUUCGAAAACAACAGCAAGAUGGGCAGUUCAGGAAAUUUCUGGAUGUUUUAAAACAGCUCCACAUCCAUAUUCCCUUAGUUGAAGCAUUGGAACAAAUGCCAAACUACGUCAAGUUUUUAAAAGAUAUUUUGACGAAAAAAAGAAGGCUGGGAGAGUUUGAGACUGUUGCUCUUACAGAAGGUUGCAGCGUCAUGUUGAAGAGUAAAAUUCCUCCUAAGUUGAAGGAUCCGGGUAGCUUUACAAUUCCUUGCUCUAUUGGUGGAAGAGAUGUGGGUAGAGCUUUAUGUGACUUGGGAGCUAGUAUUAACUUGAUGCCCAUGUCUAUUUUUAAGAAGUUGGGAAUUGGAGAAGUGAGGCCAACUACAGUCACUUUGCAAUUGGCAAAUCUUUCUAUGGCACACCCGGAAGGAAAAAUUGAAGAUGUUCUAGUGCAAGUUGAUAAGUUCAUUUUUCCGGCCGAUUUCAUCAUUCUUGAUUAUGAAGUGGAUAGAGAUGUUCCCAUUAUCUUGGGUAGGCCAUUUCUAGCUACUGAGAGGACCUUGAUUGACGUGGAAAAAGGGGAGCUCACAAUGAGAGCUCAAGAAGAACAGGUAACUUUCAAGGUAUUCAAUCCUAUACGUUCUCCAGAUGAAGUAGGAGAUUGUUUGGCCAUCACUGUCAAGAACUCUAAUAUGGAGGAAGAGGUACCCACAAGGGGGAAGAAAGGAAGCUGUAAUAUGGGAAGUUGGACAAGCUCGGUUAUAAGACAGAGAAUUUCCAAACAGCUGGAAAGUCCCAGUUAUUAUAGCAUUGCUGCAGCAUUUAUCAGGUCGCAGGAGGAAAAAUGCUAUGCUAUGAACUUUGCUAUAUCAACUGGGAGCAUUUUAUUCUGA